CGCUGGUUGGCAGAGCGGAUCGUGUGACUUCCCUCUCCAAGAUGGCGGCCUCCUUGGGCAGGUUGUGUGUGAGCGGCGUUAGAGGAAUCCUUUGGAGCCGGCCGCGGGUGUCUGUGCUGCCUGUCGGAGUUCGUGGACUCUGCAACCCCCCCGAAGAGUUUGAUGUGUCAUCCCAGUAUAAAGAGAAACCCUGGGAAUACCUGGCCAGUACAGAAUACGUGGAGCGUUAUGGGGAAAGUCUAGUCUGGGCUAAUUACAGGAGGAACCACAAAGGACAUAUCCCACCACAAAAAACCCGAAAAAAGUGCAUUAGAGCGGGCAAAGCCUGUGGGAACCCGUGUCCAAUCUGCAGAGAUCAGAAGCUUUAUGUGGAUUACAGAAACAUCCAGUUGCUUGAGCAGUUUAUAUGUCCGUAUACUGGAACAGUGCACGAUCCGACAAGGACAGGUGUCUGUAUGGAGCAGUACAAGAAGCUUGUAAAAGCCAUCACUGAUGCCCAAGAUCAUGGUCUCCUCCCAGUGACGAUACUACACAACGAUGUGACCUUUGGAGACUAUUCCUAUGAUCACGGAGCUGUGGCACAAACUCCUCCUGCUCCAGAAGGCCCAUGGUAUCCCUGGUACGAGUGGCAGGAGCCACCAGCCAAAGACGUGAGCCAACUGCGCAAGCUGUACCGGCCGCACAUGAAGAAGAUGAUGGGGGAAGAAUGAAGAUGAUAGGUUAU